CCUACCUAGAGCUGAAAUUUCAGGGCUGAUUAUGGUAUUUGCAUUGGUCCCGGGAAAAUAGGAACUGAAAAUAACUGCUAAAUUCAAAGCCCUGUACGUAACCGCUUCUAAUACAUAAGAAACUCAUCGGCCAUUCUUCAACUCUUUUCCGAAAUCUCAAUGUGGAUUUUCCUCUGCGUAAAGUGAUGAACAUUAAUACAGAUUUAAUUGUUCAUACUUCCAAAAACCCAGUAGAGACAUUUGGAAACUUGGAUUCAUCUCAGCAGAGUGGCAGUAAUUACCAAAUUCAGAAUCAAAACCCCAGAAAGAAGCGUUCGAAGUUGAUCCGAAUCGAUCCUUCUGUGGUGGCGAGCUCUAGUGGCAUUGUGAAGGCGAAAUCUGGAAAGAAGGCUGACCCGAGUGCUCCAAAGAUCACUCGGCCGUGCAGUGAGUGUGGCAAGAAGUUUUGGUCAUGGAAGGCCUUGUUUGGGCACAUGAGGUGCCACCCUGAGAGGCAGUGGAGGGGGAUAAACCCACCUCCCAAUUAUAGACGCUCCGAAAAGGGUGUGGAGGAUGCGGAUUUGGGGAUGAGCGAGGAUGAUCAUGAGGUUGCUGCCUGUUUGCUUAUGCUGGCUAAUGGGGCUGGUCCAAUUGAGAGGAUUAGUCACUGUAUGCUGGCGUAUCAGGCUGAUGGGGCUGAUGGGCUUGACGCAUUGGGUGGGGGUUGUAGGUUUGAAUGUUCAAGUUGUAAGAAGGUUUUCGGGUCGCACCAGGCUCUAGGGGGCCACAGGGCUAGUCAUAAGAAUGUGAAGGGGUGUUUUGCUAUAACAAGAAAUGAGGGGGAGGAUGAGGAUAGGAGUGGUGGGCAUGAGAGGGAUGGAGAUGGGGAAGUGAAGGAGAAUUUGGAGGAGAAGAUGAUGAUGGUGUUGGGGCACAAGUGCAGUAUCUGUUUGAGGGUGUUCUCUAGUGGUCAAGCCCUGGGUGGACACAAGAGGUGCCAUUGGGAGAGAGGGGAUGAGCCACCAUCAUCAUUAUCGUCACUCCCUCAAGGGCUCAACCCCUUUGCACCCAAGGCAGGUUUCGGUCUCGACUUGAACUUGCCUGCCCCAUUGGAAGAUGAUUCCUAUUGCUCUCAUUCUUCAAAUCUGGCUUUGGAUUUAAGGCUGGGACUAUGAGGGUGAUUCAAAAUCCUCUAAUAUGGGUUUUUCGUUACUGAAUUGGCUCUGCUUGUAAUGUAGGAUUACUGGUCAAUAUUGUAUUAACAUUGUAUAGUUGAUAUGGACUUGGAAAGGUUUCUUGUUGGCUC